AUGUUCCGCCUGAGUUGCCUGAGUGAUGCCGACGAUCUUUUUCCAUACAAGCUGUACGUAGUCGUGGUGAGGUCUGAGGAGCUCCACAACCGCAUCCAGGCCUGCCAGGCCAUCACUACCGUGAGUGGAAGGAGAGGAGAGAUGCCGGGAUUGGUACACGGCAUGAUGUGGCUGCUGGCUGUAGGCUAUCAGUCCGGCCAACGGGUUCCUUGUCCAGGUCUUGCCACCAGAGAGCGCCGUGGAUGACCCCACCAAGUUGCUCAUCUACAUCAAGGCGGCCAAGGGGCGGGAGCACGCCACGAUGAUUCAGACAGCUGUGGAGACUAUCCACCAGGACAUGCGGAUCACAAACAAGGCCAACAUCACACUCUACGCACAGGUGAGCGAUUCCAUUCACUGAGGCUGACGGAGCAGACGCACAGGUCGGCUUUCUCUGUCCUUGUGCCCCUCAGAAGUUCACAAAGAUGUCGAACAUGGAGUACUUACCGACGGUAAGCGACGAGAGACCACAACCGUCGUUGAGCCGCCUGCCUAUGUUUCUUCCUGGCCAUGUGUGUGCAGGUUGAGUACUCACAGGUAACAAGAGCACCAACAGAACUCACAUUACAUCCUCACCGUGUUCAGUGCUGUUUCCCCCCUAAUCUGCGCGCGUCAGCCGGCGAUAGCUGAGGGGACUCAGGUACAGAGGGAAGUCCAAGACGCCAAAACACUUGUGCAACGGCGUGUCUGUGUCUUCGUUCUGUGUCUGUGUGUGGUCAUAGACAUCGCCGCCUCAGGUGCUGCCGUUUGCGAGUCCCAUCAACAUGGUGGGCGCUGGCACAAGUGCAGGGAGGCCACUGAAUACCUCUUUGCCACUCUCUUUCUGGGCAGGCUCCCCACCGCCGCGGGCUGCCACCGUCCGGUCUACAGCCCGUGAGAAUGCAACACGCUCACACGCAACACAAUGCACUUGGUGAUAUAUUUCUAUGGAUGGGUGGCUGCCUGGUGGCACCUUUCAGGAGUGUGGGUCGCUGGUGGGCCCAAAACGAACGUGUGCCUGUGGAUGUCACUCUCUCGCCAUGUUGUGUGUGGUGUAUGCAGCCGUAUGGGGGCGGGCCGUACCCGACCGUGAUGCCGCCAAUGGUAGGGCAGUGGUGGCAAGGGUCCCACAUCAAUCGCAUCACAUGAUGGCAUCGUGCGUGCGUGUUGGCUGUCUGUCGUGUUUGGUGCAGCGCCACGGAGCGAUGGUCCGGCCUCCUGUGAGCGACGCCAUUGAGCCGACACUCACAUGAACGUCUCUCUGUCGUUUGUGGUGCGUGUCAGCAGAUGGUGCAUACGCCGAGCAGCCAGAACCUACCGGCCAACAUGUACCCACAGUGUAAGCAGACCAACUCGUUAUGAGAUGGGUGUGGUGGGUGACACGCACAUGGGGUCGCUGGACGUGUGCAUCUGUCCGUGUGUGUGUAGACGGUCACGGCGUGCCGCAGUGGGGGCACAGUGGCUAAACUCAACACAAAACAGCCCAACGAAACACCAAGAAGCGGGCAAACGAGAGGUGUGGGGUGUGGAUGCAUCGACGGGUGUGGUGUGUGGUACAUGUGGCCUCGUGUGCAGAUUGUUGCCGAGUUGUACAGGUUGAAGAUAGCAUGAUGGUCAAGUAAGUGGCAGAGGAGCGAAAACACACGCGGCCGACUCCACAUCGAUCAAUCAAUAAGUGUCUUCUCUUCUGUGCCUGCGCCUGUCUGUCUGUGUGCAGGUAUUGGCCCGCCGCCAGCCCUCGGCGUGCUAGUGCGUGUGCAUACGAUAUGUAUUGA